GGCAGCAACGGCGGCCGUUCUGUGGACUGCUGAUAUUUCUAUGCUCGUUGCCAACGUCAACGAAUCGAAGGACCAGAAACAUCGCACUAUUUUUAUGCGUUCGAGCUUGUUUAAACCGCUUCAUUUCGACUGUAGCGCCGCUAAUUGUUGACAGUUUGAAGCUCAGCACACUUGUGUUUUGUUCGUUCCGUCGCUUCCGUCCAUCUUGUCCUGACGUCAUCCCGUGAAGAUGACGGCGAUCUGUGUGUAGCGCUGUGGUUUUUGGAGUCCAACUGUUCUAUGCUCGAUUAAUUGUUUUCCCGUAGAUCCAGUGAGCGUGAAAUAGAUGGCAAUGGCUAGCGCGGCUGGCUCAUCGAGGGCCGAGUUUGUUGUCGGUGGAAAAUUCAAAUUGGUUCGCAAAGUUGGAAGCGGUUCCUUUGGGGACAUCUACCUGGGAAUCAACAUGGUGAACGGCGAGGAGGUUGCAGUCAAAAUGGAAUCUACCAAGGCUAGGCAUCCACAGCUGCUUUAUGAGAGUAAACUGUACAAGAUAUUGCAAGGCCACGAAGGGAUUCCCCACACAAGGUGGUUUGGCACUGAAAGAGAUUAUAAUGUGCUUGUGAUGGACCUGCUGGGCCCAAGCUUGGAAGACCUGUUCAACUUCUGCUCCAGACGUUUUACCAUGAAGACAGUGUUAAUGCUGUUUGAUCAGAUGAUUACCCACAUUGAAUAUGUGCACAAUAAAAAUUUUAUCCACAGAGACAUCAAGCCCGACAACUUUCUUAUGGGAAUCGGUGGUCACUGCAACAAGCUGUUCCUGAUUGACUUUGGGCUGGCCAAGAAGUACCGAGACAACCGGAACAAGCAGCACAUCCCAUAUCGGGAGGACAAAAACUUGACGGGCACGGCUCGGUACGCAUCCAUCAACGCACACCUGGGCAUUGAGCAGAGUCGCCGGGAUGACAUGGAGUCCAUGGGAUAUGUGCUGAUGUAUUUCAACCGGGGUAGCUUGCCCUGGCAAGGCCUGAAGGCAGCCACCAAGAAGCAGAAGUAUGAAAAAAUUAGUGAGAAAAAGAUGUCCACUCCUGUCGAGGUGCUCUGCAAAGGUUUCCCAGCUGAGUUCACCAUGUACCUCAACUACUGCCGUGGCCUACGCUUUGAGGAAAUGCCAGACUACAAGUACCUGCGCCAGAUCUUUCGCAUUCUUUUCCGCACGCUGAAUCACCAGUAUGAUUACGUCUUUGACUGGACCAUGCUCAAGCAGAAGGCAGCUGCCUCAGCUGCUGCUUCAGGCGCCAUGGCCGGACAGCCCGGUGCUGCUGCAGGAGGCCGCUAGGGUUUGUGGGCAGUGAAAUGGCCACGAAUGGAGUUUGCUGAGUUUCACAUCUGGCUUGGUAGAUCUUGAGGUAGGCAUGCCUGUUCUAGCCCUUGCUGUUAAUCGUGUCAUCGGGAGGGCCUCCAGAAGCCUGCUCUUGCUCGCACGUUUGUACAGAAUAAAGCUCGCUUCAGUGGACUUAAACUGCUACUUGGGCUGCCAGGUUCCCUCCCUAGGCCAUCUUGCGAUUUGGACGUAUCCCACCUUUGUUUUGAGAAGUCUGUUUAAAUAGGCGCACUGUCAUGACUUUCUUGGGCAAUAUGUGCACACUCUGCCACCUUAGAGACUUGGAGUGCCUCUUCUGUUAUCUGGAAUGGUUGCAAGGCACGUCACUAUGUGGUGCUCUUGGACAGCUGUAGUUUCCCCUUUUACUGCUUUAUUUGGCAUGCUGCUCUAAGCAGCCCUUGUGUAAAAGGUACAGUGUAUGGAGACAAAAAGCUUUCGUGCAGUGUUACUGAUGCUCAGACACAUGUGGAAGUGCUUCCAGUUGGGUUAAGUACCUGCCUGGAAUGCAUCCAUUUUGAAGUUGCUUGCAGCCAAUGUUUAUUUUUUUUUUGCCCCCCCUUCAAUGCUUUUUAUUGUCAAGAGCAAGACUGCUACUGAAUCUGUGCAGCAGAUUUCUUGCAUCAUGCAACUUUUUCACUCUUGCCGACAUAGGCUGGUUGCUACACAGUUCGUUAUCGCUUUUGGGUGGUCUCAUUUUACUACUGUGCUGGCUGCUUCAUGAAACAACGAGAACUCUGUGUUGGGAGAACUGCAUGGGGGCUGUUGACUUUUAAGGUAGUGAUGUAGUGUAUUUGAACAUUGGGAAACAAAUCUGAUGCACAUCAUCAGAGGGAUACUGUCCACUGACGAAUACGAUAAGCAGCCUGGUGUCUAGCUUUAAGAGGUGAAACGAGUUCAAAAUUAAGAACGUCUUUGCCCAUCUCCAUGCUCCCCCGUUUUAGGGGAAAUAUUGCAGGUUUCAUUUAGUUCUCAAGCACUGAUCCAUUCUCUGUUGAACUAAGGCCUCUUCUGUAUGACAACUGUGACCCUUGCUUGCUCUUAUGUUUUAAGAGCUAAUGGAACAAUGUACAAGGAUUUGUUGCAUUUUGUAGGAGCCUGUCCAUUUACUCUGAAGCAAGAAUAGGUUCAGAUGAAAUGUUUGUCGUAUCUGGUUGUGCAACAUAAUUUGACUGUGUUUGGAAUAAAUUCACAAACAAAACGCACUUGUGUUA